CGCGCUUGUCGAACGAGAGGAGAGAGAGUGGGAGAGAGUAGGGUUGCGCAGAGCUGCAGAGAUUUCAGCGAUGGCGGAAGCUCCAGCGGACGAGCAGCUGGAAUUGAUGAACGAGCAGGCUGUGGCGGGAAAAUGGAGCUAUCUGCGAUCGGAAUUGAAUCAGCUGCACUCGAAAAUAACGGAAAUGGAUAUGGAGCUGAGUGAGCAUUCGUUGGUCAUUGGCGCAAUUCAAAAUCUCGAUCCCAGCAGGAAGUGUUUUCGAAUGAUCGGAGGAGUGCUGGUGGAAAGAACCGUGGCUGAGGUCUUACCUGCUGUGCUAAGAAACAGGGAGGGCCUGCAGGAAGUGAUCACGAGGCUUAACGAAGCACAAGAGAAGAAGAGGAAAGAACUAGCGGAAUUCGAGAGCAAGUACAAGAUCAAGAUACGUAGAGGAGGAGAGGGGAAGGUGCCUGAGCAAGAAAAGAAGAGAGAGGGAGCUGCACAGGGUGUGCUGGUUGGACCGGCCAAGUGAAAGCCAGUGAAGUUGGAAAAGCUGUCCACCACAUUUGCUUGCGUGAUUCGCACACGAGUUUCGGUGUAGGGUUCACUGGGUGACGCCGUCGUUAGAUCGCAUCGAAGGAUCCGGUUGUCAUCGUAGUGUCUUCCCUCGAACUUCAUGCCAUUACUUUUUGCUUUCUCAUCUUAAGAAUGUGUCCAAUCUGGGUAGUCCCCCUUUGAUGGCCGUUAAGUCAUUAGCUUUUAGACUUUUCUUCGGAGCUGAAUGUAUCAGAUAUACAACAAGAACAUAGAUCGUCUGAUGGAAAUGGAGAGGUAUUAGCACGUCAAUGAACUGAGGCAGAGGUUCAUAGCAGCUCUCAUGGAUUGACUGGCUCCAUCACGGAUGUCUGGCGCCCUGAACCUUUCAAAUGUUAGGUUGUACUUUUCUUACAGAAUUUUACUAUAAUCAGUGCUCAAUUGUUCAAUGUCCUUGAUGCUGCAAAGUUUUAUUGGUGUUUCCAUAUGGUUUCAUCUCCACGGAAUUGUAAUUAUCAGUGAUUUCUUAAAACCGUACAUGCCGGUGUUUGC